GUCAUAACCAUGGAAAUCGUUCAUGCUAUAAUAUGGAGAGCACAAGUGGGGAUUAAAUCAUUAGCUAAUCUCUUUAGAGGAAAAAUGCUCUUUUCCAGCAUCCAUAUUCGUUCUCACAUUACCAAUCUUUACGGUGAAACUAGUCUCAUGAAAGAACUAUUUCAUUACAAGAGUAUUCACAUACCAAUCAUGUGUACAUGGUACUAUCGACCUGAAGGUACCAAUAUUUCAAGCUUGAAG